CUUCUAGAUCAGUUAUGUCCCUUGGACGAGUUCUCUAAUGUUUACUGAAUCUUGAAACGUAAAAAUAAUUUGGAGAAACUGCUGCUGUCAGAUGCAAUUUUGAUAUUCAAACAAUUUAUGAUUUGUGUUUUAGGUUAAAAGCUAUUCAAAAUGAACGGAAACGUACCAAAUGACAUAAAGAAAAGGCCAGCCGCUGCAGAUGGGCUGACUUCACCAACAUUUGCACCUGCUAAGUUGAAAUUCCCUAAACAUAUCCACAACCCUACUGAUGAUAAAUUUCAAGAAAUUGCUGAGUCUAUGCUUAGGAGAAAAACAGAUGGACCAGAACUUCAUUAUAAAAGCUCAGCACCAUAUGAGAUAGACGAAUAUCCAAUAGAAGAAAAUGAAAGCAAGAAUUACUUUGAGAGACAGCUGAGUACAAGACCUACAGGAUCUUUGGAGCAGAUAGCUGAAGAAAAGCCAGACUUCAAGCUCAACCUUCCACCUUGUCCACAGAGUGCAAAAGAACCAAAGACCAGAGAAAGUAAUACACCAAAGUUUCCAUUUUUUGAGGACACAUUUUCUGAGUUUCCAGAAGUUAAGGAGGAAUAUGACCUUGCCCCUGAUUUCCAGAGGAUUAACAUUAGUGGAGAAGAUACUAGUGGGGUACACAUCAGUGACUUAGAACAUGCCUCCAAAGCACUUGUUAAAGCGUUGAUACUGAGACAGAAGUAUAUGAUGUUAUCUCAUCAAAGUUUUCCUAUGAUAACGGCCAGGUUUCUUCAGAAUCUUCUAGACAAUGAAGAUUUUAAAGGCAUGAAGGAAGGGUUUGCUGGAAACUGCCUCAACCCUGAAGAGAAGAGUCAUCCCAUAGAUCCUCCACCAAAGACGGGAGAUCCUUUUGAUGUACCUAUCCCAGAAGGUGUUGGCUGUCACCUUAAAAUGAAACAAGGAGUGACCUAUGUAUACGCUGACGAAGAAGCUCUUGCCAAUGAUAAACCUUUAGAACUACCCUACCCUGUUCUUAAAUCAUUUAUAGCUGAUCAGAAUCUCAUGUAUACUCUCAUCAGUGAUGGCCCUUUAAAAUCAUUCUGCUACAGAAGGUUGUGUUACUUGUCUGCCAAGUUUAAUAUGCAUAUAUUACUGAAUGAACUGAAAGAGUCCGCAGCCCAGAAGGAAGUAUCUCACAGAGAUUUCUACAAUAUAAGAAAGGUGGACACUCACAUCCAUGCCUCUUCUUGUAUGAACCAGAAACAUUUGUUAAGAUUCAUCAAGAAGAAGAUGAAGACAGAAGAAAACGAAGUUGUUUGUUUUGAUAAAAAGUUGAACAAAGAAAUGACCCUGAAAGAGGUUUUUUCCAGCAUGGAUUUGAAGCCCUAUGAUUUGAAUGUAGACAUGUUGGAUGUGCAUGCUGACAGAAACACAUUUCACAGGUUUGACAAAUUCAAUGCCAAGUACAACCCCAUCGGACAAAGUCGACUCAGAGAGAUCUUCAUUAAAACAGAUAAUCACAUCAAUGGAAAAUACUUUGGUCAAGUCCUUAAGGAAGUAAUGAGUGAUCUGGAGGAGAGUAAAUAUCAGAAUGCUGAGUACAGACUUUCUAUUUAUGGCCGAUCUCGUGAUGAGUGGGACAAACUAGCCAAGUGGGCAGUCAACCAUAAGGUGUACUCAAAUAAUGUACGAUGGCUUAUCCAGGUGCCAAGAUUAUAUGAUGUUUACAAGUCUAAUAAUUUGGUGAACAGUUUCCAGGAUGUCCUUGAGAAUAUAUUCUUGCCAUUAUUUGAAGUGACCAACGAUCCUAGUUCACAUCCAGAGUUACAUGCUUUCCUGAGAUAUGUAUCUGGAAUUGACUCCGUAGAUGAUGAAUCUAAAUCAGAACAUAUCCAGUUUACUAAGGAUACACCUGAACCAGAAGAUUGGACUAGUGUAGAAAAUCCACCAUAUACAUACUACUUAUACUUUAUGUAUGCUAAUCUGGCUGUUCUAAACCACUUCAGAAGAGAAAGAGGAAUGCACACAUUUGUCCUGAGACCACAUUGUGGAGAGGCAGGAAAUGUUACACAUCUCGUAGCAGGAUUCUUAUUUGCUGAAAAUAUUGCCCAUGGCUUAGUACUAAGAAAGGUUCCUGUACUGCAGUAUCUGUACUAUAUGUCUCAGAUAGGGAUAGCUAUGUCACCACUGAGUAAUAACUCAUUGUUCCUUAACUAUCAACGUAAUCCACUGCCAGAAUAUUUCAACAGAGGUCUGAAUGUAUCCCUGUCCACAGAUGAUCCACUGCAGUUCCAUUUCACUAAGGAACCUUUGAUGGAGGAGUAUAGUAUUGCUGCCCAGGUCUGGAAGCUAAGUUCUGGUGAUAUGUGUGAGAUUGCCAGGAACAGUGUUCUACAAAGUGGAUUUGAACAUGAGGUAAAACAGAACUGGCUUGGACUGAAUUACACCAAAGAAGGGGUAGCAGGAAAUGAUGUGACCAGAACAAAUGUAUCCAGUAUCCGUGUGGCAUAUAGAUAUGAAUCGUUAGUGGAUGAGCUCCGCUGUAUCUCAAGUGGUGUUAAGUCAUAUAAUAAAUCUCGUAAAUCUGAAAACUCUUUGUCAUCCGCCUAGACUUUCAUACAGGACCUUUUUGGGUCAUUUGUGAAGAAGAGAGGACACACUAUUUGUUUUCUUGUUGUGAUUGUCUGAUCCUAUCCACAUCUCCUUUGCAAUUUCUCAAAAGAAUCAAUCUUUAAGAGUGUUAUAUUGCACUAUCAAAUCGAUCUAAUAUCAUUAAUACUUAAGGGUUCACACAAGCUCAUAAGUAGUAUGCAUAUCAUAUCUUAUAUAUGUUUUAUUUCUUUAUGAAAAGUUUUAUGCAGAUUUACAUGGCCAGACAGUUUUAUCUACAUGGUUUAUGUGAGUUAUGUUCAAGUUUAAUCUUAUGCUACUUUUAUGAAAAGGAAAAGAAGUUUUUCACUACUUGGUACCAUUCUCUUCCCAUUAAUUUAAGGGGUUUCUUAAACCAAAAACAGCCACUAAUUCAUAAGUCCAACUGAAUUGUACCACUUGAUUAAAAAUGCUGUGACAGGUGGCUCAUUAAUGUUGCCAGUGUCAUGGGUUAAUAUUUUCCCUGUUUUUGAGAUAAAGGUGGCUUCAUUUUUGUCUGUUACAUGUCAUAAAAGUGUGUGUGUGACUCAGCUUCUUUUAAAUAGCAUUAAUGUAUGAUGGUUAACACUAAAGCUUUGUUCAUAGAUUGAAUAUCAAUAUAAAACUGUAUUUGACGGCCUUGAUUAUGUUUAGUUUACAUGGGGAAAAUGAAUAUUAAACACAUUUGGCUAUUUUGCUAUCAUUAAUUUUGUUUCAAUAUUAUGUAUGUAUUUUCUUAUUAUUUGUUGAUGCGAUCAUUUUGUUUUUUAGUUAGAUUUUGUUAAAGUAAUUUUAAAUGUCUAAGUUUUAUUCAGAAUUUGUGUAAUAAAAUUGUUAUAGUAUUGAGCAUAACUAUUUGAAUAACAGAUUUGUGUUAUUUCAAUCAGUUUUGCAUUUCAAUGACUUCUUUUUAUGUAAACAGAAUUUUGUAUCGUAUUGUUAAAUCAAAGAAUGUUAUGUGUAUAACUAUAUUCUAACUGCCAUGGUCACCCUUUAAAAUAAUAAAAUUAAAUGAAAAAAGAGCUUAUUGGUAGUUUGUUUUAGCUUUGAUAAUUUCAUUUUUAUAAGUUUCUGUGUUAAAUCAAAGACAACAAAACUCUGUGUUCAAGUUCUAUAUUGUUUUAAAAAAAAAAUUGUUGCAAAUUGUUUGUAAAUAGAAAAAAAUAUUAUAAGCUUUACAAGGUACAAAUAGGUUAUUUAUGAUGGUAAGGUUAGGUUAUAUAUCGACUUGAUACCUUACAGAGCAAAACUUUCUAUUUUUAAACUGUGAUAUAAGUAAAAGAUCUCACUUAUAUAUUAUUAGUGUAUGCCAAAUUUUGUGACAAAUCAAUGUUUUGUGUAUAUGUACAUAUAUACUAUGUAAAUUACAGUUGACAAUGUCAUGAAUAGGUGUUGUGAAAGUGAAGUGAUUCUUUGUGAUGAACUGUUUUCUUAAGUGAAUUGUCAUAUUUGUACCUAACUUAGAUGGAAUGUGUUCACUACAUAUAUACAAACUUUUGGAAAAACGGGUUUAAUACAUAGAUACAAACUUUUAUUCCUCCAUUUUAUUUUAUUUUAAUCUUUAGCUCAACAUAGUGCAAGCUCAACAGAUAUUUAGAGUGUUAAUAAACUUUAUAAAAAGAUGACAUUUCUAAAUCCUAAAAAUAGCUUUAAAUUUAAGUGGCAUUAUUGAAAACUAUUUAUAGAUAGUUAUGAGGUGCUUUUUUUUUCUUUACUGCCAUCAGUGAUUAAUGUGAAGUAUUGUAUUGUAUUUUAUAGAAUAAUAUAUAAGUUUAAAAUAACACUGCCCUAUCGGUUGUUAUUGUAAUGUAUUGUAUUGUAAUUUAUAAAACUAGCUAAAAGUUAUUAGAAUGCAGUAAAAACAUAUUUUAUUGUAUAUAAUGCACACAAAAAAUAUCCAUGUAGUUAUAUAGGCAGUUAUCCUUCAAUAAAGUAGAGUUGUAUCUCCUACCUAAUAAAGGCAGGCAAGUCUGUGUCUGCUUUUUUGUUGGUCUAUCAUUAUAAACAACAUUCCAAUAAAAAACCAUACCAUAUUUGGUUGUGUAGAAUACACACUUUUUGAAAUUUAGAUACAGUGAAAUUACACAUUUUUAUUCUGGAUAAUUUUGUUUCCUGCAAAAUUAAGUUAAGGUUAUAAAACUUGUAUAAUUCGAAAUUGCUAAAAGGCAAAAUUGUAACAAAUUAGUUUGUCAAAAGAUAACUGUUCUAAUGUUCCUUGAAAGUAAAUUCCCAUAUAAGCAAAGUAAGAGGCUUGUGUAGAUCAAAAUUUUAUGUAAAGACCUACAAUAUAGGUAAUAUUUAAUAUACUUUGAAGAAUGAAUUAUAUCUUUAUUCACUAAAUUAAUAUGCUUCCUGUUUAUUUGUUUAUGAGUGUAACACUUUGUUAAUUAAUUAAUUAAUCAAUCUGUGUUUUGUUGGAGAUAUUUAUUGAAAGACUUUUGCUGUUUUAUAGCUGUAUAACUUAUUGUUAAUGACAGAAGAUGAGCAUAAUGUUCUAUUUUCAAGUAUGGCAACUGCAAAUAUUUUAAAUAUCAAAGUGGUUUUUUUUUAAAUUGGAUGAAUUCAAAAUAAUUUCGGUUUGUUUUUAAUUUUAUAAAUAAAAGACUACAGAUAAAAGAAAUUAAAGUCAUUUAUGAUCUGAGAAUGUCUCUAGUGAAAAAAUAUUCUAGCCUCUGUUACUUCAAAUGAAAUUAGAAGUAAGUUGUACAUUAAAUUUUAUCUAAAACUUAACUUGCUUAUAAAAAAUAUUUUAAAAGAUGGUGUCAAACUUCAGAAAUCUCUAAGAGUCCUGUAUAAUACAACACACAGACUGGUGAUUGAAUACUAGCUAUAGGAGGGCUGUACAAGUACAUGCUUCUGUAAGCUUACCACUUGAACAAAUAUAUUGUGAAAAUGUUAUGAAGUCCAGAAAUAUAUUGCUGUUAUACCACAUGAUUGUUAAAGGAGAAAUAUAUCUCUCAGAUACCACAUGAUUGUUGAAAGAGAAGUAUAUCUCUCAGAAGCAUUGAAUUGUUUGUUGACAUAUAAAUAUAAUUUAUAGAAUUAUUAUUAUUGUUUUGAUGUUUUCUGUGAUUCAAUUAAAGUGCAAUUUUGGUCAACAAAGAUGCCAAAGAU